UCCCCCCCGGCCCCCACCCGCUCGACGCAGAGGUUCCGGCGGCGCCCGCCAUAGGCUUUCAUUGUCGCCGCCGACGCCGCCAUUCGCGCCGCGGGGCUGCCCCGAGGGGAGCGGGGGACAAGAAGAAAAACCAUCCAUAAAAAACCAUCCAUUCCCCAAAAAACCCAUGGAAAACCCAAAUCAUCCCAACGCUCCCCAUGAUUUCCCCCACUUUUAAAUCCUCAAAUCCCCAUUUUUAGCAGGGAUAUUUUUUGGGAUUAUUUCUCCAAAUUCCUUGGCUCAGCCAAGGAAUUUAUUUUUUCCCCCAGCCUGCAUGGACAGAGCGACCUUUGCCUGUUCCACCGCUUUUUUCCGGGAUUUUGGGAAUUCUCCUCCGCGUGCUCUCCCCGGGGGCCACGUGGAUUUUAUUGACAAAGUUGAUUCCUUCACUUAUUCCGAUUUUUUCCGGGAUUAUCUCAUUCCCAACCACCCCUGCGUUCUCUCGGCCAAAUUCACCGAGGAUUGGGGCAGCAGGAAAACUUGGGUGACGCGGGAUGGGAAACCCAACUUUGAGCAUCUCCUGCAGAACUUUGGAGAAGCCGUGGUGCCCGUGGCCAACUGCGACGUCCGGGAGUACAACUCCAACCCCAAGGAGCAGCUGCCCUUCCGGGAAUUCCUGGAAUAUUGGCGGGAACGCAUCGGGAACGGGCACCGCUCCCCCCGCGGCUGCCUCUACCUCAAGGACUGGCACCUGAGCAGAGCUUUUCCAGAGCAGGAUGUUUACACCACUCCCGUGUAUUUUUCCUCGGAUUGGCUCAAUGAAUAUUGGGAUGCGGCGGCCGGGGAUGAUUUUCGGUUCGUCUACAUGGGACCCAAGGGAUCCUGGACGCCGUUCCACGCCGACGUGUUCCGCUCCUACAGCUGGUCGGCCAACGUGUGCGGCCGGAAGAGGUGGCUGCUGUAUCCCGCGGGACAGGAGGAAUUCCUGCGGGAUCGCCACGGGAAUCUCCCCUUCGACGUGACGGCGCCGGAUCUGCGGGAUGAGAGGAUUUAUCCGCGCUCCAGCCGGAGCCAGCCCCCGCUGGAAAUUCUCCAGGAGCCCGGAGAGAUCGUCUUCAUCCCCAGCGGGUGGCACCACCAGGUUCACAACCUGGACGACACCAUCUCCAUCAACCACAACUGGGUGAACGGCUGCAACGUGGCCGCCAUGUGGAGCUUCCUGCAGGACGAGCUGGCGGCCGUGCAGAGGGAGCUGGGCCAAUGGCGGGAGCCCGUGGAUGAUUGGCACCUGCAGUGCCAGCUGAUCAUGAAAUCCUGCACGGGCAUCGACUACCGGGAAUUCUACACCUUCCUCCGAGUCAUUGCAGAAAACCGGAUCUCCGUGCUGGAGCAGGGCCUGGACGAGGAAUCCUCAUCCCGAGGGAAUUCCAAGGCCGCCAUUUCCGCCCUGGGAAUGCUGCACGCCGUCUUCGACCUGAGGCGCGCGGCCGCCGUGCUGAGCUCGUUAAGCGCUAACGAGGAUUUCCGCAGGCUGGGCCCCAACGGGCCGGGCCCGGCGCCCGAGGCGCUGCUGCAGCGCCUGCAGGCGGCCAUCGACACCGCCCUGCUCUGAAUUCCCGCUUUUCCAGGGGUUUUCCAAAGGGUUUGGAGGAGGAGAUGGACUUGGACAUGAGUUUGUUCCAGUGGGAGGAGGGAGAACAUUGCCAAGGUUCUGAGUGGUUUGGAGGAAUUGGA